AUGCCUCUCUCUGCGGUCUCGACAGUGCAGCCCGGACCGCAGAGAGACCUCCAGGGGCCGCGAAAGGAGCGCGUCAGUCCCGAGUCAAGCGGAGACACGCGUCCAGGUGCUGCGCGCGUGCUCGUGUCCCCUGUGCGCAACACCGGGCUCCCCGCUAACACCGCUAGCAUCUCCCCGCUCCUCCACUACUGUGAAGCCGCCAAUAACUCCUCCGCGGGGUAUGGGCUCCAUCAUGACUCGUUCCAGACCACCAGCACCCCUCCACCCGCCCCUGAACGCUGUUUCCCGGGCUUCUGUGCCUCUGAGGCCGCCUCUGUCGGACUCUGGGGCCGCUAG